UUUGUCACCAACCCGAUGAGGCUUCUUGAUGAAACGAACGUCAUCAGGCGACGGAUCAGAAGGCUUACGGGGGUUGGAGGGGGUUUCGAGGAAAUAGGAGCGUGCAUUAGGGUUUUCACUUUUGUCUUGAUAGCAAAAAACACUUUUGUAGUUGUAAAAGUAUGGUCGAACAGGCAUGAGGGAAUUAAAUGGGCCGACCCGUAUAGGCUGUAUAGAAGAGAGUUAAACUUUGAGCCCACUUGUUCCCAAACAGUGAAUUUCGAUGAGAUAGCCUUCCCCAACCUCAAACAACAUCUUCUUUCCUGUUCUCAUCCACUAGCCCCACAAAAUCCACCCCCAAAACCUCUCCAAAUUCUUCAUUCCUCUUUCGCAAGUUGCACCCACGAAGAUAGGCUGGUAAAAAUACAGUUUACCGUGAUGAGUACUGCUCUCCCUCGUGAAUGGCUCGGCCUUCAACAGUUCCCCGUUGCUACUCAAACAAAAUUGUUUGAUUUGUUGGGAAAAUUGAAGCAAGAGAAUGUCAAUACUUUGACUAUCCUUGUUAUGGGCAAAGGCGGUGUAGGAAAGUCUUCUACUAUCAAUUCUCUUCUCGGGGAGCAAGUUGUUCGAGUCACUGCGUUCCAGUCUGAGGGGCUGAGACCCGUAAUGGCUUCACGCACGUGGGCUGGGUUUACAUUGAAUGUAAUUGAUACUCCAGGGCUUGUAGAGGCUGGCUAUGUCAACUACCAAGCUCUUCAGUUGAUCAAAGGGUUUCUUUUGAAUAAGUCCAUAGAUGUUUUGCUUUAUGUUGAUCGCCUAGAUGCCUAUAGAGUGGAUGACUUGGAUAAGCAGGUCAUAAGGGCUAUUAGCAACAGUUUUGGCAAAGAAAUAUGGCGCAAAAGUUUCCUUGUGCUCACUCAUGCUCAGCUUUGUCCACCAGAUGGACUGAAUUAUGAUGUUUUUUCUUCUAAAAGAUCCGAGAGUGUCCUAAAGGCCAUUCGCAUUGGAGCUCGUAUUAGGAAAAAGGAGUUUGAUGAUUCUGUCAUUCCUGUUGUUUUGGUUGAAAACAGUGGAAGAUGCAAUAAAAAUGACAAUGACGAAAAGAUUCUUCCCAAUGGCGAAGCUUGGAUUCUGAACUUAGUAAAAGCCAUCACAACUGUUGCAACGAACAAGUGUCAAGUUAUUGUUGUUAGCAAGAAGUUGGUUGAUGGGUCCGACGUUAACGAUAAAGGAAAAUUGUGGAUCCCAGUUAUUCUUGGGCUUCAGUGGGUUUUUAUCAAAUGGAUUCAAGGAGCAAUAAAAAGGGAUAUUGCAACUGGCAAUGGGCCUAAAUGAGAACAACAUAAAUGGGAUCUGCUCGAAUGCAAGUUUCAUCUGGUCUUGUUUAACUUUCUAUGUCAUAUGUGUUUUCCUUUAGUUUUGUUUUUUUUUUGGUAAA